CACCAUUAUCUCCGGGCCCGUGCGACUGAAGGCCAGGUAUUAAUAACAGUAAUAUUUGGCUGCAGCCUCAUCCUCGUGCAGCACUCCUGGCGGCGCGGCCCACAUCUGUCAUGGCUGCCUUCCCCUUCACCGUCCCGCUCUUGGCAAUUAUUGGUGUGACGGCGGGCGUGCAGGUGGGACCCAUACACCUGAUACAGAACUAUACCUACAUCACCUACGGGAUGCCGUCACCUGAGUACAGCGUUAUCCAGUGCCCAUACACCCUCCAGGAAGACGAGACUGUAGACUUCAUCUCCUGGGCGCUGUGGAGUGGCGAGGACGCAGUCGGCACCUACGUGUGGUCUCCAGUGGAGCUUGGAAAAUCCAAUGGAAGUCUGUCUGGCGUAGUUAAUGUGAGCAGGGAAGACGGGGACCUGGAAUUCACAGAUCUCCGGUAUGACCUUGGAGGUUUCUACUCCUGCUCCGUCACUACCACCACGGGCGAGACUGCCGACUCGGAGAAAUGGGAAGUUCUUAUAAUUGACACGACUUCUAAUACGAUGAGCCAAGGCUUUGAAAACAUUAUUGGCAGUCCAUGCACAUUAGACACGUCCGCUAGACUGUACGCUGUAUUCCCGGAGCCUACACCCCACGCAGGCUUGUACUCUGAGACCUCGGGCGGCUUCUACGAUGAGGUCACCGACAGCCAGUGGGACAAAGUCAUUUACCCAAACACUUCUGUCGCUUACUCCUUCAGUAACGUUUUAUUUCAAUUCGACGAGGACACUCCUUAUGAUGUUGAAUUCGCCCUUACCUACGGUGUCACCAAAACUGAUGGUUCUUUAAUCCCUUUAAUAACAACGACCACAGAUGUUUUUGCCUGGAACAUACAGGGGUGUCCUGCUAUGUUGAACGUGACCAAUCAGGUGGAGGAAUACUCGGAAGGGAGGAAGACCUGCCGCAAUGAGUACGUCCCGAAGGAAGGCGUACCUCAGGUGAGCGUGACCUGUGUUGAGGGUUACCACUCUGAGACGGUUGUCACCCCUCUGGUCCUCUUCUGCGACAGUGAAACCUUCCACUGGGUCACUGAAGACGGCGAGAACAUGACUGAUGUGGACCUUCAAUGUCUUCCUGAUGAAUGAUCUACAGAAGUCACUAGUUCUUCAGCCUGGGUCAUGUAAGAAGCUCUUCUACACCUCCUGCAGGAUCUACAAGAGCCAAAUGGCUCUUCAACUUAUGUAAGCAGCUCUUCUACACCUCCUGCAGGAUCUACAAGAGCCACUGGCUCUUCAACUUAGCUCAUGCAAGCAGCUCUUCUAUGUUUUCCGCAGAAAUUACAGAAUUAGGCAAGAUUAAUAAAUUUAACUUCAUUCAAUGUGCAUUAAAAUUGUAUUACUUUUAAUAAAUAUAUGAACUAGC